AUGGCUGGAGCAGUAGGUAAAACGUCGCAGAAGCCAGGGUCAGAGGUGGAUGGGCAGCAAGGUGUGGGGCGCACACUGUCGGGCAACGUGCUGUACCUGGCGGUGGUGGGGCUGUCGCCGCGCGUGCGUGGACCGGCCUACCUGGUGUACGCGGCGCUGGUGCAGCUGUGCGCCGCCGUUUACGUGGCCGUCGGUCUGUUCAGCAUCCACACCGCCCGAGGGGACGUGGACGCCAUUUCGCACACGCUGAUGCACAUACUCGAAGACGUCUCCGGUAUGACCAAGGCGGCGCUCUUCUUCAGCAAGAGGCAGUCCUUUUACCGUCUGGUGCGCGACCUGGAUCUGAUGGUGUCCGAGGACUGGGACCGCCCCGAGCUGGAGUCCGCACGCCGCUGGGCCCGCUGGAUGACCGUGUCGCUGAGUGUCUACAUCUACGCCGUCAUCCUGCUGUGGCUGCCGAUCGAGGGAGUGGACUGGUCGCUGUGGCCCGGCGCGUACGCCGCGCUCUACGCCCUGCAGUGCGCUGUGCUCCUCACCCAGGUGCCCGUCGUCAUCGGCCUGGACUGCUUCUUCGUGGCGGCCAUGCUGCACGUGGCAGCCCUCCUGCAGCUGCUGGGGCAGCGCAUCUCUGGACUGCGGCUCUCUGGUGACGGUGCUGUGGACCUGACCGCCGACAGGGGACUCGCGAAGCGGCAGAUGCUGUAUUCAGAGCUCUGUUCCUGCAUCAGAAGCCACCAGAAAAUCACAAAGUUCCUGCAAGACCUGGAGGCCGCUAUGAGCACCAUGGUGCUGGUGCAGCUCUCAACCACCAUGGUCGGCCUCUGCAUGACUCUCUACCAGCAGAUACAGAUUAAGGACGCGCUCACGGCCCUGCAGUACGCCCUGAUCCUGCCCUUCUACAGCGCCGAGAUUUACUUCUACUGCUGGACGGCUGACGUCAUCACACAGCAGGGCGAGGCGCUGUCUUUGGCGGCGUACAGCAGCCACUGGGUGGGCGCCGGUGCCGCCUUCCAGAGGGCGCUGUCCAUCGUGAUGGCGCGCGCCCACAAGCCGCUGCUGAUGACGGCGGGACACCUCUACCCCAUCAACACGGCGGCCUUCGUAGCGCUGGUGAAGGCUUCCUACUCUUACUACACGCUGCUGAGACAACUGGACAGCGACUGA